AUGAAGCUCAAUCCAGCUAAUUGCUCAUUCGGUGUCAGUUCUGGGAAAUUUCUCGGAUAUAUCGUGACCCACCGGGACAUCAAAGCCAAUCCAGAGCAAAUCAGGGCCAUUCACUUGAUUUCUUCCCCGAGGAACGUCAAAGAAGUCCAAAAGCUAACUGGAAGAAUGGCAGCCUUGAGCAGGUUCAUAUCCAGGCUCUCCGACAAGUCUCACGCCUUUUUCGGAACCAGCAAGAACCCAAAGGAUUUCCAGUGGCCAGAAGAAUAUGAAUCCACUCUUCAUGAACCCAAGGCUUACAUCACCACUCCUCCUCUCCUAUCCAAGACAUUGCUCGGCGAGGUGUUACUGCUAUACCUAGCAGUUUCAGAACAUGCAGUAAGCGCCGUACUGGUGCGCAAGGAAGGGAGCAAGCAGCUACCAAUCUACUAUGUGAGUAAGGCCCUCCUGGACGCAGAAACCCAUUAUAGCCAUCUGGAAAAGCUGGACAUAGCUUUGAUAGUCGCUGCCUGCAAACUACGGCCCUAUUUCCAGGCUCACCCCAUUGUGGUCGUCACUUCCUUCCCCAUAAAACUGGUCCUCCACAAGCCUGAGGUCUCUGGACGCCUAGCAAAAUGGGCUGUGGAAUUGGGGGAAUAUGACGUAAUUUUUCGACCAGCUACGGCUAUAAAGUCACAGGUCCUAGCGAACUUUGUGGCUGAAUUCUCUCAUACCCUGCUCCCUACUCUGGAGCAAGAAGUACGCCUCAAGAGCAAAACAGGAAAUACAGCCUCAAGAGCCGUAAGGUGCAACUUCAAGGCAACCAGCAAUGAGAGCGAGUAUGAGGCCUUAAUCGCAUGGCUAACACUCGCACACCAAAUGGGCGCAGAGAACAUCCAGGUCCUCAUCGAUUCCCAGCUGAUAAUUAACAAGGUGCAUGGAGAAUAUCAAGCAAAGGACGACACCAUGAUCCAGUACCUGGCGGUUGCCCAACGCCUCAUCAAGAAUUUCAAGAGCUGCAAGCUCAUGCAAAUUCCUAGGGAGCAGAGCUCUGAAGCCGAUGCUCUGGCUAAUCCAGGGUCCACUGUCGAAACGAAUAGCCAUAUGAGCAUCCCUUUGCUUGUGCUUCAAUGCCCAGCCACCCUGGAGGAAUCACAACCCGAAGGGAUCUAUGCUAUCGAAGAGGACGAAACCUGGAUGACCCCCUUAAUCCGAUACUUUGAGAAUGAUAUUCUCUCGGAAGACCGCAAGGAGAGCAGAAAGAUCAAGAAGCAAGCCACAAGGUACUGCAUCUCCCAGGAGAAGCUAUAUCGAAGGUCCUUCUCCAGCCCGUACCUGAGAUGCGUCACGCCCCAAAAAGCUGCUAGGAUCCUCGUAGAACUACAUGAGGGAGACUGUGGAUCCCACUCUAGCGGCAGAAGACUGGUGCUGAGGGCCAGAAGGGCUGGAUACUAUUGCCCCACGAUGACCCCAGAUGCCAACAAGCAAGCUAAACACUACGAUCAGUGUCAAAGGCAUUCUCCGGCUUCCAAACUCCCUCCAGAAAACCUCAAAUCGAAAAGCUCACAUGGCCCUUCAGAAAGUGGGGCAUGGAUGUAG